UUUUUUUGGUCCCCAAGUCUCUUUAGCACAGAAGGGGAGAGGAUGGUGGUGCCCGGAGCCCCGGAGCUGUGCUGUUGUGCUCCCUGCUGCCUCAGCACUGUGAGAAACCACUGCUGCUACAGCUUCCAGGGAAAGGGACGGAUGAAUUGCUCUGUGCAGCUCGAGUAGCACUUAGUGUUUAUGACAUUCCCCCUGUUGAAUCUAACAACUCCUCCAUUCUGCCAAGAGCGUUCCUGGUGUCUGUAGGAGAGGAGGACGACUGGCAGGGCACUGUGGAAGGACUGGCAGCCGGUGAGAAACUGGUAGGUGAGAAGUAGGUUGGCCUUUGUUCAGGCUGGUGGGAAGGGGAGUGAGAGAACAAGUUCCAAGCAUCCCAAGUGUAUUUAAGGCGGCCAAAUACUCUAUAAGCGUAGAAGAAAAGACUCUUCUGUACUCACAGAAGAAGGAUGCCUGGCCCAAUGUAUGCAUCUCCCCUUCCAGCAAGGAAACUUCCCUGAACGGUUAAAACAUUUGGUGACAGGCACUCAGCUGAGUGAUGUGCCCUGCAAGGAAAUCUGUCAACAGCCACUGCAGGCUCUCACCCUGUGCCGAACCCAUUAGCAACCAAAUCCUCAUUGUUUUCCUGGUAAUCUUCUGUUGCUUUCCACUUAGGAAGGCUUAAUCCCCUUUUAAACAAAUUGCUGUAGCAGCACUGGCUCGUCGUGCUCUCAGCAAACGGGGUCAGCCCAAGCAGGGCACAGCAGGCUCUUAGUGGUGGGAUGGGAUGGUAUUUAACAGGAUGCUGCUCCUGCUGGUGCCUGGAAAUCCUGUCCCCCCCGUGGAAUGUUUGUGUUCGAAGUGGAGCUGGGGAAACGGCCUCUCCUCGGGCCCUUCCGUUCCAGCUGGAUGCCAGCCCCAGGAGCGGCUCUGCUUCGCCUCCUGCCCCGUGCCGGUGACCGUGGCUCCAGCCGGAUGCAGCCGUGGGUCAUGCCAAGGUGUUUCCUGAUGGGGAAUGGGAUUCUCCUCACGCUGGGCUGCUUCUUGCUCCUGCUGCCCCACGCAGACUGCAGCCCCCAGCCCACCUGGGGCAGUGCAGCCUACGAGAUAGUCAUUCCAAGGAAACUUGGCCCCAAGGCAGGGAAAGCCAGCCGGGACAGCAUGUCCUACGUCAUCAGCAUUCAGAGGGUAAAUUACACCAUUCACCUCAGGCAGAAGACAAACUUUAUAAUAAAAAACCUCCCUAUAUUCACUCGUGACUCUCAAGGGAAAAUCAUGAUCGAACAGCCCCGUGUGCUAGCAGAUUGCUAUUACCACGGCUACGUGGAAGGCAUCCCAGACUCCAUGGUGACUCUGACUACCUGCUCUGGGCUCAGAGGACUGCUGCAGAUUGGAAACUUGAGCUACAGCAUUGAGCCCCUGGCAGCUUCCCCUGCAUCUGAGCAUCUUCUGUUGCAGAGGGAGGUGGCGGUUCCUGGAACGGUGAUCUACAAAACGCCCCAGAGAGGCAGGCAAUUUCCAGGGCAUGGUACAGCAAAAGGGCAGUUAAAGGACCAGGGGCACAUGCGGUAUCUGGAACUCCUCGUCGUGGUGGACAAGGAAGGGUUUGAUGCUUUCGGUGGAGACAUAACUAACGUGAUGUUGGAAGUUAUUGAAAUAAUCAAUCUGGUGGACGGGCUGUUUUCUUCUUUCCGCCUUCGCGUGUUAUUAGCUGUGCUAGAGAUUUGGACAGAGAAGAACCCUAUCAGUAUUACCAAAAACAUUUCUGAGGUCCUUCACAAUUUUAAUCUUUGGCAGAUCCAGCAAAGCCCUACGCAUGUUGCGUAUGAUGUGGGGUGUCUGUUUGCCUCGUUGGACUUUGGUCACAGCACGGGAGCGUUGUACAGGAGCGGCAAAUCGAACUUCGCCAGUGCCUGUGAUAGAAAACGUGCUUCUGCUGUUGUUUCGUUUGCCAAGCGGACUUACAUGGACACUGCUGUCUACGUCGCCCACGAGUUAGGGUAUGUCCUCGGCAUUGAUCGUGAUGACAAGUACUGCAGGUGUGGAAACGCCUCUAAAUGCAUCAUGAACGCACAGAGCACAGUGAGCUACGAAUUCAGCAACUGCAGCACAAGGUACUUUUUUGAUUUUAUAGCAUCAGGGCGAGGACACUGUCUGAAUAACAUCCCAGAAUCAGUAACGAUGUUUGUACCGCAGCGCUGUGGGAACGGCAUCCUGGAGCUCGGGGAGGAGUGUGACUGUGGCUCAGAAGCACAGUGUGAAUUGGACCCUUGCUGUGAUAACAGCUGCCGAAAGAAAGAAGGAGCCAUUUGCACUUCUGGGCUCUGCUGCAAGAAUUGCAAGCCUCUCCCAGAAGGAGAAGUGUGCAGGGAGAGCACCAAUCCCUGUGACCUGCCUGAAUAUUGCAAUGGGAUAUCUGAGCAUUGCCCAGCGGAUGUGACCAAGCAAGAUGGGACAGUGUGCGCUGAGGACGGCUACUGUUACGCAGGCAAAUGCAAAUCACGCAUGUUACAGUGUAGGAACAUCUUUGGUGAGAAAGCAGAGCCCGCUCCACUAAAAUGUUACAGGAAGCUGAACAUGAAAGGGGAUCGGUUUGGCAAUUGCCAGGGAGAUGGGCUAGGGACCAAAUUUCAGAAAUGUAAGCCCGAAAAUGUCCUGUGUGGGAGGGUGCAGUGUAUCAAUGUUUGGCAUCUACCUUGGCUGGAAGAGCACUCAACCAUCAUUCAAACCCCAGUGGACGAUACCUUGUGCUGGGGCACAGACUACCACUUGGGCAUGGAAACCUUGGAUAUUGGAGCCAUUGAGGAUGGCACGCAGUGCGGGGUGAAGAAGAUCUGCAUUAACCAGACGUGCAUCCUCAGGGAGAAGCACUUGGCACCCAGCUGCUCUGCCCAGAGCACGUGCAGAGGAAGAGGCGUUUGCAACAACAAAGGCAACUGCCACUGCAACCGUGGCUGGGCACCUCCCAACUGCCAGUUUUUCGGCUUUGGGGGAAGCAUCGACAGCGGGCCUACGCCAGUCACUAAAAAUGGGCUUAUGAAUUUCAUCAUCAGGAUGACCAUGCUAACCGUUACCGGUGUGGUGCUCACAGCUCUUGUCAUGGACCGUGUGAGAAAGCUCAGAGCACGCCGAGCGUUAAGCAGGGUGGUCGGAUGCUUUCAGGCUAGAGAACGGGCUCCUGAAGGGGUGUGAAGGACUAGGUGGAAGAGGACAGGGCUAAACCAGCU